GAAAGGAAGGUGAUGGAGGUGCCGAUCGAGGAGAAGAUUUCAGCAUGCCGAGACUUCAGACAGGGAGGCAACCUUUUCCAUGCCGAGGGCCAGGGCUCUGCAGCCUUGAUUUACUACGACUUCUGCUUUCCGGACGACGACUCGCAGCAGCAGGAAUUAGAUGACAUUCGGCAGGCGUGUCUCCUCAAUUCUGCGGCGUGUUUUCUGGCCUGUGGAGAGCUCGAUCAGACAUUGGACUGCUGCUACCAGGCAAGCUGCUGCCCUCUCGCUCACUUUCUCGGCCGCGCGCGCGCUUUGCGGGCGGAGCCGAACAACGUCAAGGCCCUGUACCGCCGCGCUGUGGUCUAUCGUCUCCGUGAUCGGUUCAAAGAGGCCUCUGUCGACCUCGGAAAGGCGCUGGCGCAGCGGCCUAACGAAGUCAUGCUCCGGAAGGAGAGCGCUGUACUCAAGAGCAAGAUAGCGUCCUAUCGGGAACGACGAAAGGCGAUGGGAGAGCACAUCUUCGGAAAGGAGCAGGGUCGGGAUCAGGAUAAUGCUAGAGGGAGUUCCGGCAACAAUGGCCGAGCGUUACAACAGGAAUCGGAAACGCAGGAGAAAGACGGCAGCGAGCCAUCAGCAGUCGAGGCAGCAGAAGAUGAUCCCUAUCAGUGCUUCGCGCCUGCGGCGGCGGUUGGGGGCAACGAGUCGGGAGGCGGCUACGCGGUGACGGCUGCAGUUGUUCCGGCCGGAUCCGGCAGUGGCAAAGAAGAAGGCCGGCGGUGGCACGAUCUCAUUUCGGCGGAAAAGUGA